AUGGACAGACGACUGAGCAGGGCCAAUUGGUCCACCAAGAACGCCAAAAAGACGUUCACUCCGGCAAAGAUCUCAGCUCCGAUUAUAGAAAAUGCUGCUGCUGCGCCCUCUGCUCCCGUACAGAAGCAGCCACCGAAACAGAGACGGCCGCACAAGAUCGACAAUAGUGGUGUCAACAGGCGGUUUUCCGUGAAGCUGAACCCACAGGAGGCCCAGUCGGUCCAGAAGGAUGCGCUCUCGCAGUUUCCUCCACUGCCUGAAGGAGCGGAGGCUGCCGUGAGCGAAAAUCGCCAGCAAACAGCACUGGACUCGAGUGCGCUACUGACUGAUCUGUCCGCCGAGUCGUUCGACGCAGUGCCAUAUGUGCAGGGGUAUCUCAAAGACGCGAACGCCACAAAGAUUGAUCAGUUUGCGCGCGACCUGAGCGAUCUUGCGUCGUCCAACGACGGCGACGUCAAACAUACCAUCACACAGUCAUUUAACCAGGUGCUCACAGUUUCUCGCACCAUGGUCGAAGCAGAGGGGGUAUUGGAGGAGCUGAAGGGUCCUGCAAUGAAACUUAACGAGAUUUUGAGCUCGCAGGCCGAGGAAGCGCAGGAGAAAAUGGACAACGGCAGCAACAAAGACAAUAGACGUAGUGUGCUAUUGCUGGAGAAGAAGUGGGCCUCGAACCUCAACUCGCUGUUCAAGGAAGUGGAAGGUGCGCAGAAGUUUGUUUCUGCGAUUCCGGGCCGUCACGUCGUGGCAGAGUCGAGACGCUGGGGCGAGCUCAACGCUAUCACUUGCAAGCCGAUUCGUCCGGCACAUCUGAUCAUUCUGAACGACCAUUUGCUGGUGGCCACGCGCAAGCGCACCGGCGACAGAAAGAAGACUGUGGCCGCUCAAUGCUGGCCCCUGCGAGACCUCGUGAUCUCCAAAGCCGCCAACGCGGGAGAACAUACUCUAUCGCUGAAGAUCAACGGCAUGGUGUUUCUUUUUCAGACCGACAGUCUGAACGAGUACAAUAAAAUUGUGUCGCAUCUGCGAGCUGCGAAGGACGAGCUUGCCAGCACGAUGGAGCUGGAAAAGGCCAAACAGAAGGAUUUGACAGAAAGCGUGAGCAGGCUUUCUGUGACGCACGAAAGACUAAGUAAGAACUCCGACUACCUCCACGACCUGACAACAAAGCUGAACCACCGAAGGUCGCGGUCGUUGGACCUGAACGACAAGAAUUCGACACAGAACCUGAAUACUGUCGACGAAGGACUGAUGAACAUAGAGCUGUAUCUCGGACACCACAAAUACGUGGAGGCCGUUGGCUUCCUGACCCGAGUGAGCGAUCAGAUCGACAGGCUUCAGAACCAGAGUCCCGACGAACAGUUUGCGCUGCUCCUCAAGCUGAAGAAGCUCAAAUGGGAGAACCUCAAGGAGAAGCUGGUGAAGCUGCUGUCUUGGGAGAUCAGCAACCCGCUGAGCUCGAGCAGAGAGAUCAUGGAGACGGUGGAUCUUUUUCAGAUGAUUCACAUGGAGGAAAAAGCGCGAGAUUUGGUGCUGGAGUCAAAGAGCAAGCAGCUGGACAAGCUGGUGAGCCAGCUCAAGUUCGAAGGUGACGUGAAAAAAUACAUCCUGCAGAUGUCUCUAAUCUACUUCACCUUCAUCAAAAACACGUAUCUGCUGUACGAGCAGUGUUUCCGCGAGACGGGACAGAAGGUGAUUUUUGUCGGGUGGAUGAACGAGAAAAUCGCCGCGUACAACAAGCUGUUCAGACGGCAGCUAAUGGACUACAGCGAGCAGUCGGAGCUCUACCGGAAUUGCGUGAAGAUUAGUCAGCUCCAGUCGAUCAGCCUGCGUAAAAUAGGCAUCAACGUGGACCAUUUAUUGGUUACUUAA